CGGGGUUGUUCCCCCCUCCUCUCUUGAGUGUGAGGGAACAAGUUGCAUCACGACAUCGGUCUUUCAAUGGUGCAACUUUCCGACCUCAUUGUGUUGCUACUGUUGCAUUGGUAAUCAAUUAGCAACACUCGAUUCCUUCAAAUACGCACCAACCUCACCAUCGCCAGUCAGUCCACCCGCAGCUCUUCAAUUCGAAAGCCAAGACACCAAGUCUCAAAUUCCCGACAAACAACACAAUUAGCAGCUUUCCAAAUCAUCGACAAUAGCUUGGAUUAGAAACGGAAUCCUGACAAUGUCUUCCGCCGCGCCCAAGAUCAAGUUGUACACCAACCACGGCUGCCCAUGGGCUCACCGUGCACACAUCGCCCUCGCAGAGCUGGGCCUCCCCUUUGAGGAAGAAAUUAUCGACCUCUCGGUGCCCCGCACAAAGGAGUACCUGGCCAUCAACCCACGCGGCCUUGUCCCCUCCCUCUCCUACGACGGCGAAAUCAUCACAGAGUCCGCCAUCGUCAGCCAGUUCCUGGCCGACGCCCACCCGUCCCACCUCGUCCCCGCCGCCGGUAGCAAGGACGCCGCCCUCCGCCGCGCGCGCAUCAACUUCUUCGUCGACACCUACUUCAGCAAGGCUAACUCGUCGCUGUACAAGCUGCAGCUCGCAAAGUCCGAAGCAGAGGCGAACGAGGUUGCGGCUGGGUUCAUCGAUGUCAUCGCCAAGGAGGUUGAGCCGCUGUUGAAGGAUGCAAAGCCGUACUUUGGGGGCAGUGACAAGGUUACCUUGGCCGAGGUCCUUACGGGUUCAUUCACGCUGAGGCUCUUCUCGUUUGCAAACUACGAGCUCAUUCCCAAGAGUAUCCUGACGUCGCUGGAGGAGAAGGCGCCUAGCUUCUACAAGUGGGCGCAGACCGUCAACAGCACGCCUAGCGUCAACGGUAUCUACGACGAGAAGAAUGUGGUUGAGCGGACCAAGCACCGUAUCGCUGCAUGGCUGCGCAGGCUUGACAGGAGGGUGGUAGCCGACUUGUGGCUGUAUGAACAUGGCUGUUAG